GGAGGCUGUCCCUCAGAGCUCACAGCGAGCAUGCGCAUUGGAAAAAAUUGAGAGCUUCAGCUCCUUUCUUGAGCGUUCUCUGGCUUCUCCAGCAGUCGACUUUCGCGUGCGCGUGCGCGUCCUGGAGAGCGGGAACGCGCAGUCGCUAUCGGGGCCACUUUUUCCCUCUCCUCCCCACCCCUGCUCUUUGAGUCCCUAGUAUGGUGCGCGCGCGGGUCCGUUCCCACCCUCACGUGACAUGGAGGCGGAGAGAGGAAGGGAAAGGUCAGUGGCGACGUCGACGGAGCGGAAGGUCAGGGCGGGAGCGGAAGUGGGAGUCGGAGCCUGUCCGCCAUUGUGGGGAAGCGGCGCCUAGAGCAAAGGGGAAGCAGCGCUGUGUCCGGCCGGCCGGCUCCUUCCAGCGGGAACUCGAUCAGCGGCGGCGAGCCUGGGCGGCAGCGGCGGCGACAAUCAAGCGGCAGCGGGGAGAGCGGCGCGGUCGGUGUGUGCGGGAGUCACUCGAGGCCCAGGCGGAGCGAGGGGAUCGCGGCUCCCCGUGAAGAAUGUCAGCCACCAGCGUCGAUCAGAGACCUAAAGGACAGGGAAAUAAAGUUUCAGUACAAAACGGUUCGAUUCAUCAAAAGGAUGCAGUAAAUGAUGAUGACUUUGAGCCAUAUCUAAGUAGCCAGACAAAUCAGAGUAACAGCUAUCCACCAAUGUCAGACCCAUACAUGCCUAGUUAUUAUGCUCCAUCCAUUGGAUUUCCAUAUUCUCUAAGUGAAGCAGCAUGGUCCACUGCAGGUGACCCUCCAAUGCCAUACUUGACAACCUAUGGACAGAUGAGCAAUGGUGAACAUCACUAUAUACCUGAUGGUGUGUUUAGUCAACCUGGGGCUUUAGGAAAUACCCCUCCAUUCCUUGGUCAACAUGGAUUUAAUUUUUUUCCUGGGAAUGCAGAUUUCUCUACAUGGGGGACAAGUGGAUCUCAGGGACAAUCAACACAAAGCUCUGCUUAUAGCAGCAGCUAUGGCUAUCCACCUAGCUCUCUUGGUAGAGCCAUAGCAGAUGGACAGGCUGGAUUUGGCAAUGAUACUUUGAGCAAGGUGCCUGGGAUUAACAGCAUUGAGCAAGGCAUGACUGGACUGAAAAUUGGUGGGGAUAUGACAGCUGCUGUGACAAAAACUGUAGGUUCAGCUCUGAGCAGUACAGGUAUGACAAGCAUUGCAGCAAAUAGUGUGCCCCCAGUUAGCAGUUCAGCACCUAAACCAACCUCCUGGGCUGCCAUCGCUAGGAAGCCUGCUAAACCUCAGCCGAAACUCAAACCUAAGGGUAAUGUGGGAAUUGGUGGCCCUGCUGUACCACCGCCUCCUAUAAAACACAACAUGAACAUUGGAACUUGGGAUGAGAAAGGAUCCAUGGUAAAAGCACCCCCUUCCCAGCCAAUACUGCCUCCUCAGACUAUAAUACAGCAGCCUCAGCCAUUAAUUCAACCACCACCAUUGGUGCAAAGCCAACUGCCUCAACAGCAGCCUCAGCCACCACAACCACAGCAGCAACAAGGACCUCAGCAGCAGGCCCAGCCUCACCAGUUGCAGCAGCAACAGCAGCUGCAAAACCGCUGGGUAGCUCCUCGUAACAGAGGAGUGGGCUUCAGCCAGAACAAUGGAGGAGCUGGCAGCGAAAACUUUGGCUUAGGUGUUGUACCUGUCAGCUCUUCACCUGGUGUAGAGGUACACCCAGUACUGGAGAAACUAAAGGCCAUAAACAACUAUAAUCCCAAAGACUUUGAUUGGAAUUUGAAGAAUGGACGUGUGUUUAUAAUCAAAAGCUAUUCGGAGGACGAUAUACACCGCUCCAUUAAAUACUCUAUCUGGUGUAGUACUGAACAUGGUAAUAAACGCUUGGAUGCUGCUUACCGUUCCCUGAAUGGGAAAGGUCCACUCUAUUUACUCUUCAGUGUGAAUGGCAGUGGACAUUUUUGUGGAGUGGCUGAGAUGAAGUCUGUUGUGGACUACAAUGCAUAUGCCGGAGUCUGGUCUCAGGAUAAGUGGAAGGGGAAGUUUGAUGUUAAGUGGAUCUUUGUCAAAGACGUUCCCAAUAACCAGCUGCGGCACAUUCGUUUGGAAAACAAUGACAACAAACCGGUUACCAAUUCGAGGGACACUCAAGAGGUACCCCUAGAAAAAGCCAAGCAAGUGCUUAAAAUAAUUGCUACUUUCAAGCAUACCACCUCAAUCUUUGAUGACUUUGCACACUAUGAAAAGCGUCAAGAGGAGGAGGAAGCCAUGCGCAGGGAGAGAAAUAGAAACAAACAAUAACUAUAUGAAGAUGUCCUGCUAGAAUUACAACACUAAUGAUGUAGACUCUGGAAAUGCCUAAUAUGUCUAAGAAGACAUUAUUAAAGCUUUUUUUCUGCUUAAGGUGACAUCUUUGAACACUUUAACACGAAAUUGACUCUUCUUGUAAUGGUUCUCAUCAGUGCAUCUGCCCUUAUACUCUCUCACCAAACACACUUGAGAACUGUAACUUCGUCAAGCACUUUCUGUCCUGAAGCUUUUACCAGUAUCUGCCGUCUUUUGUAUUUAUGCAUCCUAGCUAAGUCACAGGAGACGGAAGGAAUGCAAGGAUUCAUUAACUCUUUGAAUUUGUUAAAUACUAACAAUUAACCAUUAGAAGUGAUUCAAUGAUGUGAGAUUCACAUUGCUUCAACUUACUUUUUCUUUGUUGUAGUUUUUUUUUAAUUGUCAGUUUUUAGCUAUUCAACAGAUUAAAAGCAAAAUCAUGCCAUAUUUAGUCCUGGAGUAAAACUCAAGUCUAAAUGUUCAUGUGAAAAUUAUUGUAGUAAACUUUUAAUAUGGCAAAGCAACUUUAAGAUGCAGUUUAGCCAAAUGAAACGUAACAUGAAAUUAUAUUAGAAUGACAUUUCCCUUGUUUCAAACUGUUUGGUGUAAGAGAAUAUUAAUAUGCAGCUUGGUGGACAGCACCGGUUAAUGCACACUUCUUUAUUUUUUCUGUAAUAUGUAUACUGAAAAAAGUGCAUUUGUCUGAGGAACUGUUUGUUUGCUACCACUCAAUGAAUCUCAGUUUUGAGUAAAUGUACCUCAGUCUACAUCAGACUUUUUAUGACCUUUAUAACUACAUUUAAAACCUUUAAUUCCUAUUUCUGGGUGUUUGCAAGCCUGACAGAUUGCUAUCAUGGAAGUGAAAAUUUACUCCUCUAGGUGAUUCACUAGCUAAAUAAACAUAAUUCUUGUUUAGCAAG